AUGACUCGGAAAUUCAGUUCUGAGGUCAUACACAUGCAACUGAGGGACAGACGAUCUGUCCAGUCAUUCGUUCAGCUGCAGCUCAGUGCGGAAAGCGUGGGGGAGGUGUAUAUAAAGAGUACCGAGACUGGCCAGUACUUGGCCAUGGACACCGAUGGGCUUUUGUACGGCUCACAGACACCAAAUGAGGAAUGUUUGUUCUUGGAAAGGCUGGAGGAAAACCAUUACAACACCUACACCUCCAAGAAGCACGCCGAAAAGAAUUGGUUUGUUGGUCUCAAAAAGAACGGAAGCUGCAAACGCGGUCCUCGGACUCACUAUGGCCAGAAAGCAAUUCUGUUUCUCCCCCUGCCAGUCUCCUCUGAUUAAAGAAAUCUUUUCUGGGUGCCGACCACUUCAGAGGAGGCUGAGGGGUCCUCACCCAGUUGACCCCAGAUUGUUCCCUUGACCAUUGGCUGCACUAACCCCCGGCCCACAGAGCCUGAAUUUGUAAGCAAUGCACUUCUAAAUGCCCAAUUCACUUUUUUUUUGCAGAACCUCUUACCCCAGCACAGUUUGGAACAGAGGGAUCAAAUUGCUUCUAGGGGCCAACAGGCUGGUCAGUCUGGGUGUGUGGCAUGUCCAGUUGCCUCCGGGCACCUGCUGUAGGCUAAGCCUCUCAAUGCAAAGGUGUGGCCAAAUGAAGUGUGUUCAGGGGGCUGCCAUGUGAGUCAUCAGUAACUGCAUACAGUUCCAUCUACUGAGUAAACUCUGUCUGUGAUUCCCCCAAACAUCUGGCAUGAUGCCCUUUUGUCCUUUCAAUUCCCCACAUGUAUUAGCAGAGAAGCUUAUGGCUAGGUUAGGGGAAGGUAGUGUUCCAGGGGUAGAAACUGGGAUGAAGAAAUCAACCUCUCACCCCCCACCCCCCAAGAAGAGAAGGGACUAAAAUGGCAAGGGGAGAUUGGGUUCUGGUGGACAGCUCAGAAGGAUGGGCUCUCAAUGCAGAAUAAACAAAGGAUGGGAGGCUUAGCCGCAAGAAAGGAUAAAUGCAUAGCUUCAGAAGUCCUUAGGAUGCCUCGACUUUCCCAAGAUUAUUAGGCAGCAGGAAGCCCCAGGAUGAUGUCUAAUGGGCAGCAUCAGAAGUGGGCUCUUGGAUAAAAGCAAAAACAUCCAAUGUUGGUAAAUUCAUUUGGGUCUGGGGUGUGGCAGUGCUGAGAAAGAAAGGAAACAUGGGCUGAGGGGACGGCUUUUCUUGAAAGAGGUAGAUGCCAGAAGUGAGGAGGAAAGAGAAAACAGAGGAUCUGGGGUCCCAGGCAGUGCUUACAAAUCACAAGCAGAUCGGGUUCGAGUGUAGAUUCCGGUGCAGUGGGUCUGGAGUGCGGUCUGUGUAUUUCUAACAUGCCCCGGGUGCUGCAGGUGCUGCUGCCCUCCCCCCGCCCCAAUUUAAGUAGCAAAGUCCUGAAGAAUGCAGUACAAAGGAAGAUGGCUCAAGCCCCUGAUCCUCUCUCGCCUCACCCCUAGAAACGUACACACCACGAAUCUUCCUGAGCGUUCAGGCACCAUCCGCAGCAGUGAUGCUGGUGUGAAGGAACAAGGACUUAAGGCGCUUUGGCCCAGUGCCUAUAAAAUACCCAUUUAGAAGAUAUACAAAAGCAUACUUCAAAAAUGUUAAACCCUCACCAACAGCUUUUCUCAAGAGACCAUUUGUGUUACGAUUACUUGUAUAAAUAUGCUUCCUGCUUAAAGUAAACUUGACCCAAGUGGCUAGCAAAUUAGAAACACCAUUCAUCUCUGACAUAUGAUACUGUUGCCAUGUAAAGGCCCUUAAUAAGCCAUUUACAUUUACUGUGAGACUGUAUGUUUUAAUCACAUUUAAAAAUAUAGAGCUCAAAGGCAGUUAACUGAUUAGCAUUCAGCCGCUGAGAAUAGUAAUAGGCUAUGAUGUAUAAGCUCUUCAAUUAUCUACUACUUAUACUAUAUUUACCUAUAAAAAGAGAUUGUACUUCAUUUUCCAUUGUGCUAUUACAAAUUUUCCUUUGAAAGCACGGACUCUGAAGCAAAGAUAUGAUAACUGUGGAUAAAAACUGUUGAGAAUAUCAGCUCAUGCUAUAAGGAACUGACAUGACUAAUUGAAAAAUAAUUCCUUACUAAUUGAGUUGUCAUGUUUACGAUGGGGAAAAAAAGACAAUUUGUGAAAGUUCAAAGCAACGGUACAACUGAGGAACUGAACUAAGUUCACACUAUGGUUGAUAAUACCAUUCUGCAUUUGUGCAGAAAAAUGAUUUCAGAACUUUUUGUUUUUUGUAACUUGGAUAAGACAAUGCUAUUUUAUUUUAGUAAAUGCUUACAGGCAAGUUGGGGAUCGUGCAGUGUGGUUUAACAUCUCCUUACUCUGAAGAUCUAGCAGAAAAGGGUACCCAGAGAGGAAAUCUAAGAUAUUUAUAAUGGUCCAUAAUUUUUAGUGUAUGAAUGAAAUUCAAAUAUAACACUGGCCAAGAAAAAUUAACUGUUGCUAACAGAUGAGACGGAAGUCUGUGGUUUCAGAGAUCCAAAGCAGUUAGAAGAAACACUACCGUGGCCUCCACAGCCUCCGCCUGAUUAUUCAUGCAUUCAUUCGUGAAUAUUUAUUUAGUGCCUACUGUCUGCCAGGCACUGUCCUGGGUACCAGGGCCCCUGGAAACCUUGUCUGUCUGGUUCGCUGCUGUAUUCUCUCCCAGGGCAUUAUAUUUAUAAUGAAAGAUGUUGUGGAUUCAUUUACUUCAGUCAAGUAAAAACGGAGACUGUGUAGGUUCCUGCUGAAUAAACAGCAAGUCCCAGAAACCCAGAUUCUGGAAGAAUUAGCAACACCCAGUGUAAGAUAAACCUAUCAAGGUGUCAGAGGACAUGGCAAGGUAAACCUAGUAUUUUCAACCGUAGAACCAUGUCCGCUUCAGGGGGACCUCUUUCAAAUUGGGAAAAAAGCCUGUCAGAUCUUGUAAGAGGGGAGUAGUGGGCAGAUCCCCCGCCAUCGGGAACAUGCUCUAGUUCCUUAAACGUGGAGCGUUCCUGUUGCGCUCUCUCCCUUGAGUAAGUCAUGCAGCCAUCUGCUUGUCACAUGCCUCUCGUUCGGAUUCAUUUUCAGGCCAACUGUUAAGAAUUGCCUGACAUUCUGUACAAAGCAUCAGGAGCAUUUAUGCUUUUUGUUUUCAAUUUAUUGUUUUCAACGCGGAGGUGGAGGUGGUUAGUGAUCUGUUUCCUUGGAAGGGAUGAUAGUUAGAGCCUCCUCUGGCCAACAGUGGGUACUCAUCGAGAACUGACUAGAGCAUCAAGUGUUCCUGAAGAUAAAGGUCCUUGCUUUGUAUCAGAAGCAACGGAGCCCGACUGCUCGGCCUUGGGGAACAUACUGCCUAAAGCAACCGAGCCUGCGGGCUGUGAAGCAGACCUCUGAUGAAGAAGACAUCUGUCAUUUUACAUCAGUGUCUCCCCCCCCCCUUUUUUUUUUUGGCACCUUACAAGUAUUAAUAAAUGUUCCACUAAAAGGUGA